AGCUUGCCAUCAAAAGGAUGAAAAUGGUAAAUACAGUUGGCAAUGAGUUCUACUGCAGCAAUAUAGGUUUGUCUUCUUUUCAGGCAUUUCCAUUGUUAGAGAGUCUCCAAUUUGAAGACAUGCCAGAGUGGGAGGAGUGGUUACCAUUUGAAGGGGAAGGUAGCAACUUUUGUUUUCCUUGUCUUAAGAGUUUGACAUUAUCCAAGUGCCCUAAUUUGAGAGGAAACUUGCCCACCUCUCUACCUUCAUUAACAAAGAUUAGUAUCUCAGAGUGCAAGCUGCUACAAGCAAAAUCAUCUGAUCUGCAAUGGAACUCAUCAGUUGAAGUAAUACAUAUUAGUGAAGGGGGAGAAGACCUGUUGUCUUUGCUUGACAAAUAUUCUCCGUUAAAACUAUCAAUUGAAAAUUGUGGCAGCUUUCAAUCUUUGCCAGGAAUGAUGCUCGGUGCCAAUUGUCUUCAAAGGUUGACUCUUACAAAUAUCCGUUCUUUGAUUUCCUUCCCAACACAUGGUUUGUCCACGUCAUUGCAAUCACUUAGAAUCUCAGACUGUGGGAACUUAGAAUUUCUAUCUCAUGAAACGUGGCACAAAUACACAUCACUUGGUGAGCUGAUAAUUCGGAAUAGCUGUCAUUCCAUGAAAUCCUUUCCAUUGGAUUGUUUCCCAUCCCUUCAAUGGAUUGAUAUAUGGAAUUGUCCCAACUUGGAAGCAAUUACUACUCAAGGUGGAUGGGUUGCUCUCAAAUUAACAAAUUUUUAUAUCAAUGAAUGUGAGAAACUUUCGUCACUGCCAGAACAGAUUGUUCUCCCUGUCCUUAAACACUCCUACCUUAAAGGGCUUCCUCAGCUAUUAUCGAUUUCCCCAAGUUGUUUGCCUUCCAGUUUAGAAUCACUUGUUGUUGAUAUUGGAAUUUUAUCAUCAAUAUCUAAACAUGAGUUAGGUUCGCUAUUCCAAUGCCUUACUUCUCUGUCACGUCUUGACUUUGUGGGUUUGCGGGGGGAAGAUCUGCUCAACACCUUGUUGAAGGAGCGGUUACUGCCCACUUCUCUCCAGGAUCUGAUGCUGUGGUCUUUUGAUGAUUUAAAGUUAUUGGAAGGAAAAGGGCUUCAACAUCUCACUUCUCUCCGGGAGCUUCACUUCUGGAAUUGUGGAAGCCUUGAGUCCUUGCCAGAAGAUCAAUUGCCACCCUCUCUAGAAUUACUGGAGAUUGAUUCCUGUCCUUUACUAGAAGCAAGGUAUCAAAGUCAGAAAGGGAAAUAUUGGUCUAAGAUUGCUCACAUUCCGGCAAUCAAAAUAAAUGGUGAAGUGAUAAUAUAAAAUGUUUCAUGAGUAUGAACUGUUGAAAGACGACUUCAUCGAAGAGGCCGGGGCCACUGAAGCUGGAGAAGUAUGAUGCUGCUGUGAAGAUCAAGAUCGUUAAGGAAGUGAGGGCUUUCACUGACUUGGGGCUGAAGGAGGAGGUUAAGCCCAUCAUGGAGAAGCUUAAGGAGUUGGGUGCUGCUGUUGUGUUGGAUUGAUUCUCAAUUUCACUUUGGUGUUCUCAAUUUAGUUAUAGUAUCAUUGAAACUUGUUUAGGGGUGAUGAAUGAUAAUGAUAAAUUAUAAGUUAUAUGUCUUACCCCCUUCCCUCUUUUUAUGUUUUGUUGAUGGAUUGAUAGUUUUUGUUUCGUGACAUUCUAUAUUUUAAUUGAAGUUUGACACUGGUUAAAAUUGUGUUUC